UCUUGUCUUUAAGGGAAGAAGAAGAACCCUGGGCUGAAGCUGGCCAAAGAAGUCUUUGCGCAGCCCCAACCAGCAGCACCAGCGGCCCCUCGAGAUCUUGACUCUAAAGCUUGCGUCACAAUUGGAGAUCAGAACUUCGUGGUGAAGGCGGAUGACUUGGAGCAGAUUGCAGAGCUGGGAAGGGGAGCGUAUGGUGUGGUGGACAAGAUGAAACAUGUGCCCAGUGGUGUUAUCAUGGCUGUCAAGAGAAUUCGUGCCACAGUCAACAGUCUGGAGCAGAAGAGACUUCUGAUGGACCUGGACAUUUCUAUGAGGACAGUGGACUGCUUCUUCACUGUGACCUUCUAUGGCGCCCUCUUCAGAGAGGGGGAUGUGUGGAUCUGUAUGGAACUAAUGGACACGUCCCUGGACAAGUUCUAUAAGAAUGUUAUUGAGAAAGGCAAAACCAUCCCCGAGGACAUCUUGGGAAAGAUCGCAGUAGCAAUUGUCAAGGCAUUAGAGCAUCUGCACAAUAACCUGUCAGUGAUACACAGAGAUGUGAAACCCUCCAAUGUCCUGAUCAACACUCAGGGCCAAGUUAAAAUGUGCGACUUUGGCAUCAGUGGCCACCUGGUGGACUCCGUGGCCAAAACACUGGAUGCAGGCUGCAAGCCCUACAUGGCGCCCGAGCGGAUCAAUCCUGACCUCAACCAAAAAGGCUACAGCGUCAAAUCAGACGUAUGGAGUCUUGGUAUCACUAUGAUUGAACUGGCCAUUUUGAAAUUCCCCUACGACUCAUGGGGCACCCCGUUCCAGCAGCUCAAACAGGUGGUAGACGAGCCGUCUCCACAGCUGCCUGCUGACCGUUUCUCCCCAGACUUUGUAGAUUUCAUCUCCCAGUGCUUAAGAAAGAAGCCAAAUGAGAGACCUGCUUAUACAGAAUUAAUGCAACAUCCAUUUCUCACCCUUCAUGACUCCAAAGAGACAGAUGUGGCCAGUUUUGUCAAGGUCAUCCUGGACGACUGAUGGCCCCCCCCUCCCCAGGCUCCACCCCAUCAGGGUAGGCGGGACCUCUCAACAAAUGAACCAAUGGCCUAUACUUAUUUUAAACCUCACUGGAAUGACCGACUCACAUGCACCUACACACAGCAGGCGGGUGGGGAUGGGGGCGACCCAAAGACUGACAGCAGCCCAGAAGCACUGGAGGGGGAGGGUGGCGUUAACAUGAACGUAUACGGUCAACUGGAGAGGUUCAAUUCACUCCUCCACGCCUCCCGUGUGCGCAGUUAUCCAACAUGACAAAUAUGAACCGAACCUGAUUUGUUUUUUUUGUCUUGUUCUUUUUUUUUUUUUCCUUUUUCUCUUUUCAAAAUGAACAGAGCCAGCCAUUAUCUUGACAAAUAAUGUAUGAAAAAGUUGAAUUUCAUCUGCAAAACCAACAGUUAAUGUGUACGUUGUUGCAUAUUGAAAGCUAUAUUUGCAUAUGCGUUUGUAUGUUUUCUCAUUACAGAGUUUUGAUACUGUAUAUCAUUGACAAGUGUGAAUUUUACCAGACUCUAAGGCCUUAUUUGAUGGCGUCAGGUGAACAUUUUGACCCAGUUCUGUCCUGAGGCAAUUGGUCAGUGUACAGGACUGCAGCUGCCAUGGGUCGGGUCGUCGGAGGCUCCAUGGCGGCGAAAAAAACGUAAGAAAUGUCAAAGGUCACAUUCUGGGCAAGAGGAGUUGCAAAUCAUUCCUAGAUGGCUAGGCGGUGCGAGGCAGGAAUGUAAUGCAUCCCAUAUCAUCAGUGAUCCCGGGUGUAACCCUCCUUGGAGUGACCCCUCAGUACUCUUCUUUCUUGGGUUUAAAGAGCAGGCUCCAUUAUUACUGCCUGGAAAUAUCUGGGGGUUGCCUAAUCAAGCUCACAGCUUUAGCCUAUGUCUGCGUGCCAUUUUGCAAACACAUUCUCAUGAAUGACUUUUUAUGUUUUUUCCCUCUUUUUUUUGGACUCGUUCUGGCCUUCAUUGUUAUUUUAUUUCGGCAGCAUUUACAAUUAUUAAUCCUUUUGCCUACCUUUCUCAUUUCUGGAAUCUGCAUAGUCUUUACAUAUGAGGCACGUAACGUUUUCCUUUUUUUUUUUUUUUUCAGAGACCUUAAUAUGCCUUACACAUACAGUAUGGUAGGGAAAUAAUUUAUGCAUUGAAGAUGUAAAUACUAUCUCCUUUUUUUAAAUGUAACAUGGCACUGUCCCAAUCCUGGCAGUGUAGAUGAAUGGUAGAAUGGUUGGUAGUAGUUAGUUUUAAUCCAGCUUGAGGCGUGUACACGAACACUUGUACUCACAGUGCCAGCUGACUGUCGUACGCCUGCUUUGGACUGACGUCGCUGUUUGGCUCCACAGGUUUCUGUGCUCCCCUUCCUGCCCCCAGCAGGUCACGCUCUCCUCGAGUGCUGGACCGAGAGCCUCUUUUCAGUUCAAUAGGGGGCAGCCAUUAUCUCCCCUGUCAGACCAUGCUAUGCAGAGCCCCUUGGACUCAUCUAGAAGCCCGCACCCCACUCCAAGUGUUCAGAGACUGUGAUGAUGACGGUGGUGAUGAUAGUAAUGAUAAUUGCUGUGCCUCUGUGCAUAGCUAGAACUCAUUGCCUCUCUGGUUUACACUGUAGUGCGACCUUUAUCAAAAGUCAGUGAGUUAGGAGUAUUUAUGAUUGUGAAUAAUAAGGGAAAGUUAGCAACACCACAAAGAAGCUGCUGGGUUUUUUUUUUUCAAUUACAUUUUUUGGUUGCUUCUUUUGUUAGUUGGCCUUUGGAUGGCCGUUCCCUUGGUGUGUAAAAGUGAGUUUUUACGCUGAUCACAAUGAGAAUGGAACACUUGCUCUACCUCUUACUCCUUCACUCUAUUUGCCACCUUUUUAUUGGGUGGGAAUGACAAACUUGAACUAUGGAAAAACAAAAAAAAUAAAGGCUUUAUUGUUCAGUUUGA